ACGGCAGCGUAAGCGUCGUCGUCGUGGCGGCGUUACGCGCGAGGCCCCUCCCGCGAGCGGUCGCCCUUGGCUACGGGCAUGGCGUGGGCCCGGCCGGCUCCGGGGGUUCCGGAGGGGCUGCGGCGGCCCUUCCUCCUCCUCCUCGUGUGGUUCUCCGCCCUGUGCCUUUUCCCCCGGCCGGCUGAGGCCCUGGUGGAAGGUCUCUACUGCGGGAAGCUGGUCUGCUACGACGUGCUGGGCGUGAGCCGGGAUGCCAGCAAGGCUGAAGUGGCCCGGGCUUACCGGCAGCUGGCCCUCCGCUACCACCCGGACCGCCAACGGGAACCCGACCCGGACGGCAAAGGAGCAGAGGCCGCCCAGGAGAAGUUCCUGCUCAUCGCCACCGCCUACGAGACCCUCAAGGAUGAAGAAACUCGUAAGGAUUAUGAUUAUAUGUUGGAUCAUCCUGAGGAGUAUUACAGCCAUUACUAUCACUAUUAUAGUAGAAGAUUGGCACCCAAGGUAGAUGUCAGAAUCGUGAUUCUAGUCACCGUCUGUGCCAUCUCUGUUUUUCAGUUCUUCAGCUGGUGGAGUAGCUACAAUGAAGCUAUCAACUACCUAGCAACCAUGCCAAAAUAUCGUAUACAAGCCAUGGAGAUUGCCAGGCAACAAGGGCUACUAAACAGAGCCAAAGAAAAGGGCAAGAACAGGCGGUCCAAGGAAGAAAUCCGCAAGGAGGAGGAGGAAAUAAUCAAAGAUGUAAUAAAAAACAAAAUAGAUAUCAAGGGUGGUUAUCAGAAGCCCCAAAUAUAUGACAUACUCUUAUUCCAAAUCCUUUUAACACCUUUUUAUCUGUGCAAGUACAUAGGAUGGUGUUGUUGGUGGAUUUAUUGUUUCAACAUCAAAGGACAAGAGUAUGGGGAAGAAGAGAAGUUGUAUAUUAUACGCAAGUACAUGAAAAUGUCACAGUCUCAGUUUGACACUUUGGAAGAUCACCAGAAAGAGACUUUUCUUGAACGACAGCUCUGGAUAAGAGAGAACUAUGAGCUUUACAAACAAGAGCAAGAGGAAGAACUGAAGAAAAAAAUGGCAUCGGACCCUCGAUGGAAAAGAUACAGGCGGUGGAUGAGAAAUGAAGGACCUGGAAGACUGACUUUUAUUGAUGAUUGACACUUGCUGUAACUUAUACGGUCCAGUGAUGAUUGGCAAGAAAAAAUUCAUACCUAAAAAGUUCAGAGUUUAACUGCUGUGUCUCAGCAAUGUUCUGAAACUCAGGAAGCAAUCAGGCAGAAAACUAGUACAGUUUUAUGAUUUUU